CAAUUCAUGACCCAAUACAUUGGCAUCGGCAGCAUAAAACACUAUCUUUGUUCCCCACAGCCUAUUUGUCCCGUAGCACAAUUCGAAUUUACGAGAACUCUCCAAUACCCUCGAAUACGGGAAAUGACUCCGGCUUUACAAACUCGUCUACGGCUCUAUGCAGAGCUCACUCGGCUCACCAAACCCAUCGGGAUUCUCAUCAUCAUGUACCCGUUUCUACUGGGUUUCUUGUUCACGCUGAUCAGCAUGGAGCCUAUCGAAUGGACACUGCAUCCUCCUCAGGUUCUCCACACCUAUAUUCCCAUGAUUUGCCUCUUUUCUAUCUUCUGGCGCUCCUUCGGCUGUGUGUGGGACGACAUCGUCGACGCACGCCUUGAUGCAAUGGUAGAACGAACACGCACAAGACCUUUGGCCCAGAAAGCGAUCUCAAUACUCCACGCAUGUAUUAUCGCCGCCGCCCUCCUCUUCCUCGCAGUCAGCACUACGAGCGUUAUCACGCCGCACUCGCCAAACAAAUUUGGGCUCGCUAUAUACCUAGCCCCACAGAUCAUCAUGACUCUUUUAUAUCCAUUCGGCAAGCGCGUUUCAUACUACACGUCCUUCUGGCUCGGUUUCACAAUUUCGUGGAGCAUCUUCGUUGGAGCACGGAUUGCUGGAUUUGAUAUCUUUAGCCAUUUUCUCGACACAAGACAUCUGUUGUGGAUUUCUUUAUCCACUGAUGACGUGUGGUUGAUGACAGUUGAUCAAUCGAACAGUGCGCGAGCUUUGGGUCUCACUGCCCUGUUUGUAACCUACGCCAUCUGUACAGCGGCCCAGGAUAUCAUCUACGGAUUCCAAGACAUUCGUGACGAUGCUAAGUUGGGUUUGAAAAGUUUUGCUAUUCUUCUGGGCCAUGGGCCAACUGCCAAACGCGUGCUCUCUGUCCUGGUAGUAUUGCAGGUUGCCAUAUUGGGUUCCAUUCCCCAACUCGUGCACUCCGCAAAGCUCUCGAAAAUGAACACUGCUAGCCCAGUCGGCGACUAUUGGGUCGUAUUGAAGGCCUCGUGGAUUUUUAUUGUCUUUGCUGUUGUGGGCAAAGCUAUCGCGUGGAUGGUCGUACUACAGCGCGUUGAUUUGGGCGACGUGCACUCCACGGGGUUUUAUUUCAGUCAACUGAGCUUCUGGGUCCAAGGAAAUAUCGUAGCCGGACUCGCGUCGCAAUACGCUCUCAUUGCUCUUCUCGAUGAUGGGGCGGCUGUAAAGAUCGAAAAUUCAACCGGAUAG